AUGGCUGUCUGUGCUGUGGUCUCUCUGCUCAUCUUGGCCAUGGCUGGCUAUUCAGAUGCGGUUUACUGUGUUUGCAAUACUGGGCUGAGCGACACAGUUCUUCAGAGGAACAUAGACUAUGCAUGUGGAAAUGGGGCUGACUGUACUCAAAUCCAGCAAUCUGGGUCUUGUUACAGCCCCAACACUGUUAGGGAUCACUGUAAUUAUGCAGUGAAUAGUUACUUCCAGAGGAGGGGUCAAGCUUCUGGGAGCUGUGAUUUUAGUGGCACUGCCACUGUUAGUCAAAACCCACCUUCUACAUCUUCUACAUGUGUGUAUCAAGCUAAUCCCAGCACUGGCGGAACUCCUACAACCGGCACACCAACAACCGGUGGGACUCCGACUACCGGAACUCCGGUCUCCGGUGGAACUCCGGUCUCCGGAGGGACGCCAACCAUGGGUGGAACUCCAAACGUAGGCGGCACUACUGUCCCCGGCUCAACUUCAAGUCCAGGAUUUGGCCUCGGGCCAACCGGCAGUGGAUUCCCGAGCACGGACAAUAGCAGUGGUGUGGAGUUACCCUCUCAAAAUCGGCCCUACACGCUCUUCUUGAUUUCCUUGGUCUUGAUUUCUGGUUUCAUUUGCUCAAGGAUCUAA